AUGGCCACAGCCGAGCGAACCGAGGCCGAGAAACCUAAGCAUGACGAAUGGAUUCACGUUAAAUCCAAGUCCCGGCUCCGGCGAAGCGCCCCCAAGCCACCCGUCAAGGGCCCCGUCGUAACUUCGAAGCCCGCUGAACCGCGCACCUACAAGUCCAUCAUCGACAUAACGGCCGAGUACCACUCCUUCAAGUCCAAGUGGCGCGAGACAGCAUGUUGCCUCAGUCUGAAGAAGCUGGUGAGGGACAAUUGCGAAGGCCAUCGGAGAGUUCGUAGGGCACUGUGUCUUGGUGUGGGCACAUUCGAUCCUGAGGAUGGAGGCUGGGACGCAAAGAGGAGGAGUUAUAUCCAGCUCGACGCCUUUUUGACCGUCGUCGAGGUUUUGUCCGAAAUGUACAAAGAGUCGAUACCGUGCUCGUUCCAGGAACCUCGCUUCACCCCCAAUGACACAGCAUUUCUCACGGAGCUCGGUUAUGCGGUUGUUGAGUCCCCCACUGCCUUUAAAGCCAUGGAUGAAGAGACAUUUGUGUUCGCGGUACACAUGUAUAGACCAAUAUAUGAGGCGACGCUUGAGAGGGCAGUGCCUGCCAUGUUUGUCGGGACAGGAUGGGACGUUUGGGAUGAGUUCGCCACGAUGAAGGAUGGUGAAUUCAAGUGUAUGAGUAAUAUGCAUGCCUCCCAUAAGCACUUCCGCUUCCCACAGGAUGGUACAUACACCACAUUCUCAAGCACGUGUGUGUACUGGCGGCCAAAAUCCGAGACCGUGGUUCAACAAGAGACUUCGAUCGGCGAGAAAGAUGAACCGUCACCUCAAGAAGGUGUCACAGAUGUCGCCCCCGGGACAAGUACCCAAAUGGAGGAUAGCCCUUCAGUUCCUGCAAACUAA